AUGGAGGAAGCCGUGGCGGCAUGCAACGCCGGCCUCUCCAUUCGCAAAGCGAGCAAACAAUUCGGGGUGAAGAGAUCUACUUUGUAUGAUCGGCUCCAUGGGAGAUCAUCGCGACUUGGCCCUGCUCCACUUCUUGCGAAGAAACAUGAAGACCUACUCGUGGAAUACAUCACCUCCUUGGCAAACUCAGGCUUCGGAAUCAGCAGAGCCACAUGCCUCGCACUGGCCGCUGAAAUUGUACGCCGGGAGACAGGACGACCAUGCCAGAAACUGACCACAAUGUGGCGGAGGAGAUUCAAGAAGAGAAACCCUACAGUAACAACAAAAAGACCAACAUCUCUGGAGGAGUCCAGAGCAAGAAAUGCCAAUCCAGCCGCGAUUAGUGCAUUUUUCGACUUGCUGGAGGCCACUAUCGAGAAGCACAGCAUCGCUCUGGGUCAAUUAUGGAAUGUUGAUGAGAAGGGAUUCAAUCCCGACCCCAUUCCCAAGCGAGUUGUGACGGCUAGGGCAAGUAGGGCACAGCAGCAGCACAAACGCAGCCAUGACCACAUCACGGCCAACAUUUGUAUCAAUGCCUGCGGCAACCAUCUGCCCCCUCAGCUUAUCUACAACCGUGCACAGCUUACCACACGCCUGGUGGAGAAUGGACCACCAGGCGCAAUUUACUGCACAUCCAAGACUGGGUCCAUGGACAGAGAGCUUUUUCAGAGCUGGUUCAAGGAUCUCUUCUUGACGUCAACAUCCCGGGAGAAGACCCAGUUGAUACUGAUGGAUAAUCAUUCCUCCCACAUUAGCGUGGAGAUACUCGAGCUGGCGAGGAAGUCUAAUGUUGUUUUCAUUGCGCUUCCAUCCAAGACUACCCACAUCCUGCAGCCACUCGACAAGACUGUCUUCAGUGCAAUGGGAGCACACCACCAGAGCACCAGUGCAGCUGCCCGCUUGUUAAAGCCCAGCCAUAGUCUCGCCCUGUCAGACUUUCUGCCAAUAUUUGCUGACACAUUCACGAAGUCCGUCACCCCCGCCAACAUCAUGGCGGCAAGUUUUAAAGUAACGGGGGUAUACGGCCUACGGACCGAAGGGACCGAAGGGACCGAAGGGUUAUUCCUCAGCAUGUCCUCGCACCAUAUGAAGUUCAUCGCGCUGAAUCAGGUAUGCAACCACUCAGCCCAGAAGAGGAAGCACUGUUCCAGAGGCGCCUAG